CCAGCAUGACCACAUCCAUCCUAUGCUAGGGCUGCCUCAAACACCUUGGUGACACCCCCCCCCAAGACCAGCUGUGAGGAUGCGUGCUUGGAAGGCAGUGGCCAGCACGCUGGCACUCAGCGGCACUGAUGUGGUGGUCACCACGCUGCUCUACACCCAUGGCCGGGGCAGCCGGGAUGUCCUGCAGGACCUGAGGCACUUCAACAUCUUCAACUCUCUGCUGGACAUCUGGGGCGGUUGCCUCUACCGCAGCUGUGUGCUGCUGGGGGCUGCCAUUGGGGUGGCCACCAAUACAGCCUAUGGCCCCCGGCGCCUCAGGGCAUCGCGGACCUUCAUUGCUGUUGUCUGCCUCCUCAUGGGUAUCUACAUGAUGGUGAAGCUGCUGCUCUACUCAGAGGUGCGGAGGACCAUCAAGGACCCCUGGUUCUGGGGGCUCUUUGCCUGGACUUACGUGGCACUGGCAGCCACUUUUGGGCAAUGGCAGCUUCUGGCCUGUGUCACCUCCUCCCGUGAGGCUCUGGGGACUGGCUCUGAGUCCCGUGCUGAGGUGGAGGAGAGCUGCGACGGUGCUGCCCUGAGGGAUAAGCGAGAAGAGGCAGCAGGUCCCACCAUCCAUAAACUGCUGUCCUACACCAAGCCAGAUGCCUUCUUCUUGGGCAUUGCCUCCUUCUUCCUCCUUGUGGCUGCGCUUGGAGAGACCUUCCUGCCCUACUACACUGGGCUGGCCAUUGAUGGCAUCGUGGUGCAGAAGAGCAUGGACCGCUUCUCCACGGCAGUGCUGGUCAUGUCGCUGCUUGCCAUAGGAAGCUCAUUUGCCGCAGGUAUCCGGGGCGGCGUUUUUACACUCAUAUUUGCAAGGCUGAACAUUCGUCUUCGCAACUGCCUCUUCAGGUCGUUGGUGUCUCAGGAGAUGAGUUUCUUUGAUGAGAAUCGCACAGGGGAUGUCAUCUCCCGCCUGACAUCGGACACAACCAUCGUGAGCGACCUGGUCUCCCAGAACAUCAACAUCUUCCUGCGCAACGUGGUGAAGGCCACAGGGGUGAUCUUCUUCAUGUUCAGCCUCUCCUGGAAGCUCUCACUUGUCACCUUCAUGGGCUUCCCCAUCAUCAUGCUGGUGUCUGAUGUCUAUGGGAAGUACUACAAGAAGCUCUCCAAGGAUGUGCAGAGCGCCCUGGCCAAGGCAAACAACACUGCUGAGGAGACCAUCUCUGCCAUGAAGACUGUCCGCAGCUUUGCCAACGAGGAGGCGGAGGCCAACGUCUACUGGCAGAAGCUGCAGCAGGUUUACAAACUCAACAAGCGGGAGGCCUUGGCUUACACCUACUACGUCUGGUCCAGCGGGAUCACUCUACUGGUGGUCCAGGUCAGCAUCCUUUACUAUGGUGGGCACCUUGUGAUCUCAGGGCAAAUGACAAGUGGAAACUUGAUUUCAUUCAUCAUUUAUGAGUUUGUCUUAGGAGACUGCAUGGAGUCUGUUGGCUCUGUCUACAGCGGCCUGAUGCAAGGGGUGGGAGCUGCUGAGAAGGUGUUCGAGUUCAUUGACCGCAAGCCAACGAUGGUGAGCGACGGCUCCCUGGCCCCAGACCACGUGGAUGGGAAGGUGGAAUUCAGAAACGUGACGUUUUCCUACCGCACUCGCUCUUCAACACAGGUCCUGCAGAAUGUGUCCUUCACCCUGCACCCUGGCAAAGUGACGGCACUGGUGGGUCCUUCAGGGAGUGGGAAGAGCUCCUGUGUCAACAUCCUGGAGAACUUUUACCCCCUUCAAGAUGGGCAGGUGCUCCUGGACGGGCGUCCCAUUAACAUGUACGAUCACAAGUACCUGCACUCAGUGAUCUCUCUGGUGAGCCAAGAGCCGGUGCUGUUUGCCCGCUCUAUCGCAGAUAACAUUUCUUACGGCUUGGCUUCAGCUUCCUUCGAGUCGGUUGUUCAGGCUGCCCAGAAGGCCAACGCGCAUGCCUUCAUCACCGAGUUACAGGAUGGCUACCACACAGAGGCAGGUGAAAAGGGAGCCCAGCUGUCAGGUGGCCAGAAGCAGAGAGUGGCAAUUGCCAGGGCCUUGAUCCGAGCACCCCCAAUCCUAAUCCUGGAUGAAGCCACAAGUGCACUGGAUGCAGAGAGUGAACAUGCGAUUCAGCAGGCAAUUUAUGGUGACUUGGAGAACCACACAGUGCUUGUCAUAGCUCACAGACUGAGCACCGUCGAGAAGGCACACAACAUCAUUGUGCUGGACAAGGGCCGCGUGGUGCAGCAGGGCUCACACAAGGAGCUGAUGGAAGAAGGAGGCCUUUAUUCCAAGCUGGUGCAGAGACAGAUCCUAGGGCUGGAGGGAAGCGCUGCGGACAGUCACCAACCUGCAGCCCGGGGGGAUUCAGCGAAGGCACCUGGCGGGUUGGAGGAAGAGUUCAGGAUAGACCAUUCCCUGCCGACCGCGCCACAGGACGAUUAUAACAGUGUGGCUCACAAGUGAGAGCAGCGGCGGCCGGCGCUGAGACGCUUGCUGGGACGCUGGGACAGGAGGCAGCUUGCGGCCGGGCCGGCGCCACAGGGCGCUGCCCGUGUGCUCACCCCGCGUCACACACCCCUGCACACACCACACACGCUGCAGAGCUUCCUGCAUUGCAGGCUGGCCGGCCCGCGCCAGCUGGGUACACAGGGAAACGGAUUUGCUCCAGGGAGUUGGGUCUUUAGCGAUUCCCGGCGUUUCUACUGGGCUUCUUUUCUUACGACCAGUGACUCCUCUCGACUGGGACUUUUCUCCCAUUGAUAUGCAUGUGUAACUGCUACUAACUGUAAUGGAUGUUAAAUGCAUGCAUGGAGGGGAAGAUUGAAAACCCCUUCAGGGAUUUCAGGGCGUGGCUUCUGUGGCUGGAUAGAAAAGUGGUAGCUGUAAAACCAGGGCUUUUCCUGCUGUCAAUCCAUGGGGCCAGUCCAAGGUCUCCUGAAGUCUGUAGGGAGCUCCUUUUGGGUUCCGUGAAAACUGGAUCAGUCCCAUGGGUCUGAACGCCAGGAGAGCUUUGCACUGAGUGCCUGCAGGCUCAGGCUCACAACCAUUGCUGCUGAGCUUGGUGGGUGUUUAAGGAUGACAAGUUUUACCGUAAUUGGGUUAGGUUUUGGGGUUUGGUU